ACACAAAAGACAACACUGAACUCAGAAGUCAAAAGUGGUGUUCGUGUGGUGCUUUCGUCUUUCAGUAUUGAGCAAUGGCACUCUCAGCUUGCUGCAGUGUUGGCCCUUCAAAUGUUAACCCUUUAACGAUACCAUCUUUCCUAUUCAAGUCUCUCAAAUUCCCUUCCUUCUGGCCAACUCAAAAGGUGAAGAUUGGCCCUCUGAGUGUAUCUCCCAUGGGAUUUGGAACGUGGGCAUGGGGCAAUCAGUUUCUUUGGGGUUACCAGGAAUCCAUGGAUAAUGAGCUUCAACAAAUCUUUAACUUGGCUGUGGAGAAUGGCAUCAAUCUCUUUGACACUGCUGAUUCUUAUGGGACUGGAAGGUUAAAUGGGCAGAGCGAGAAGCUUCUGGGGAGGUUCAUUCGAGAAUUUCAAGAGCAAAAGGGGAGCCAGCGUGAAAUAGUAAUUGCUACGAAGUUUGCUGCAUAUCCAUGGCGCCUUACACCAGGGCAGUUUGUGAAUGCUUGCAGGGCAUCACUAGACAGGAUGCAGAUUGAGCAAAUUGGGAUAGGACAACUACAUUGGUCAACUGCAAAUUAUGCUCCUUUACAGGAAUUAGCUCUUUGGGAUGGUUUAGUGGCAAUGUAUGACAAGGGUUUGGUUCAAGCUGUUGGAGUAAGUAAUUACGGACCAAAGCAGCUUUUGAAGAUACAUGAUUACCUGAAAGACCGUGGAGUCCCGUUAUGCUCUGCCCAGGUGCAAUUUUCUUUGCUAAGCAUGGGGAAAGAUCAACUAGAGAUCAAGAGUAUAUGUGAUUCUCUGGGUAUUCGUCUGAUUGCUUAUAGUCCUCUAGGACUUGGAAUGCUUACUGGGAAAUACUCACCAUCCAAACUUCCAACUGGUCCAAGGGCGUUGCUAUUUAAGCAAAUACUUCCCGGACUGGAUCCUUUAUUAAGUUCCCUGAGAGACAUUGCAAACAAACGGCGCAAAACCAUGUCACAAGUUGCUAUAAAUUGGUGCAUAUGCAAAGGUACAGUUCCAAUUCCCGGAGUCAAGUCAAUCACACAAGCAAAGGAAAAUUUGGGUGCUCUUGGUUGGCGCCUCUCCUCAGACGAGUUGCUUCAAUUAGAGUAUGCAGCACAGGAAUCACCUCGCAGAAUGAUACAGAACAUUUUCCAAACCAGAUAAUAUCUGUUGCGAGGCCUCAGCACAAGGUGCCGACUGAGAAUAACAAGGCAUUUUUCAACUGACUGAAGGCCACAUAUAUCAUCAGGUGUCGUGAAAGGCAGAGAUCACAUAAUUGAACAAUCUCAAUUUUACUCGUCCUGAUGAUAUACGAGCAACAUAUCACUCUGAAAGCAAUUGUCAACCUUUAUUGAAUUUCCGUGCGUACUGUGACGAGCUCUGUAAUAUCGGGAAUCCCAGUCCUGAUGAUCCAACAUACUUUGGACAAUCAUAUAGUCACGUUAUUACAUUACUAUCACACUCUUUUUCUUUUUCUUUUUGUAAUAAUUACUAUCACACUUUUAUACAAUAGACA